AUGGGGCAGCAGAAGAGGCCGAGGAGCUCGGCCGACAGCAACGCAGCAGCAGCAGCAGCAGCAGCAGCGCCGGACGGGAGCAGCAGCAGCAGCUCAGCGCCCGAGGCACAGGCCGCUUCGCAGCAGCAGCAGCAGCAGCAGGACGGAGCAGCAGCAGCAGGAGCGGGAGCAGCAGCAGCAACGUUUGCUUCCUUGGGCCUGUGUCGGGAGAUCUGUGCAGCAGCAGCAGCAGCAAAGUGGGAACACCCCACAGCAGUGCAGCAGCAAGUAAUUCCGUUGGCGCUGCAGCAGCUGCAGCGGCUGCGGGGUGUACAUACAGUGGAGCAGCACGACGUAAUUGCUGUUGCUUCUACAGGCAGCGGGAAGACAGGGGCUUUCGUGCUGCCGCUGCUGCAGCACUUGCUGCAGCACGGCAGCAGCAGCAGCAGCAGCAGCAGCAGCAGCAGCAGCAGCAGCGGCGGGAGCGGGCCGUUUGCGGUGAUUCUGGAGCCGACGCGGGAGCUGGCGCUGCAGGUGUUCGACUGGGUGCAGUCGCUGGCAGCAGCAGCAGCAGCAGCAGCAGCAGCAGCAGCAGCAGCAGCAGCAGCAGCAGCAAUUCGAGGCUGCUGCUGCGCACUCGUCGGCGGAGUGGACUUCAACCUCCAAACCCUAACCCUCGCGAAGAAACCCUCAGUAGCUGUCUGUACACCUGGGCGCCUGCGGGACCACUUGCACCGCACCAAGGGUUUCUCGCUCAAGAGCUGCAGGUCAAACCCUAAACCCUAA